UUUAUUUCUUUUAUUUCUGUUUUCUCGGUCUCUGUUUUCUGUAUUUCUCAGCAUAAACCCUACUUCAACCCCAGUACGGAAAACCGUGACAAUGUCUGCGAUCUUACUUCGUUCACGUCUUGUAUCAUCAUUGCUAAGGAAUCGAAAUCGACGCCUGUUUAGCUCCGAUUUGGCGACGAACCGAUCCAAUUACCAAUCCGAGUUGUCCUCACACCUUUCCAAAGACCAGCCACUAAAAGCUGCACAAACAGUAGUCGCCGAUCAGCCUCCACCACCACCGCCGCCGCCGCCACCUACUUCUCAGGGUUCGAACAGGUCGAGAAGUAAAGCUUGGAGCUUUCUCAAGUAUGCGCUUUUUGGAGCUGUCACUGGGGCCGCUGCGUUCACUUGUUACGUCUCGUAUGCUUACACUUUGGAUGAAAUUGAGGAGAAAUCAAAGGCUCUUCGAGCAGCAGCACCACUGAAUUACAAGAUACCAGAUGAUGCGCCUGCCCUUGAAAAAUUUAAACGUCUGGCCUACCAUACUGCAUUGUCAGUGCCUGCCAAAGCAACAGAAGUUUACUUGGAUACAAGGCGGAUGCUUGAGGAACAGAUUAAAGGUUAUACUGAACCAUACGCAGACAAGCUUCUUCCAGAUUUGCAUCCUCUGGAGCGACAUGUUUUUACACUAGUUCUAGAUCUACAGGAGACAUUACUUUACUCUCAUUGGACGAGAGAAAAGGGCUGGCAAACAAUCAAAAGGCCUGGAGUUGAUGCCUUCUUGGAACAUCUAGCUCAGUAUUUUGAAAUAAUUGUGUAUUCAGACUAUCCCAAUGUGUAUAUAGAUCCUGUUCUUGAUAGAUUGGACGUCAAGCAUUUGAUACGAUUUAGACUAGGAAAGGCUGCUACCAAGUAUCAAAAUGGACAACAUUAUAGGGAUCUAUCUAAGCUCAAUAGGGAUCCAGCUAAAGUUAUCUAUCUGAGCGCUCAUGCACGAGAAAAUACCCUUCAGCCAGAAAAUGGAGCCCUAAUAAAGCCAUUUAAGCUUGAACUGGAUGACACAGCUCUUUUGGACUUCAUACCAUUCCUUGAAUUUGUUGCCCGUAAUCCUCCAGCUGACAUCAGGCAAGUAUUAGCAGCUUAUGAAGGUCAUGAUAUCCCAGAGGAGUUCAUUCGGCGUUCUAAAGACCAUCAAAGGCGAAUGCAAGAACAGAGGCAGCCGGGUUUGUUCCGGAGACGUUGAGAUCAGAAUAAUGUAAAAAGAGUAGGCAACAAAAUCUGUAGGGAUGAAGUACACAAAGCUUAUGGAUAUGGAUAUGACAUGGAGAGAGUAUUAAUUUAAGACUCAUCAAAGCCAAUUUUUCUUGCACGUCUAAAGCUGUUUUGGCAAGGAAGAUUUUUGAAUUGGUGAAAUGUUUUUUUGGUGCGUCGUUAUUUAUUCAUCUGUGACAUGAGAAUAUGUUGACAUGGUCAUUUUGCAUCUAAUUUUUUGGAAAAUCAAAAUUUUGGCUGAGGACUGAUAUUGUGAUUUGCAUCCUCUCCAAUUCUAUGGAAUGAAGAAUCUCUGGUUGGUUCUGCUGUAUUCGUCAAUUAUAUGUAAAGCUUACUGAAAAUUAGUUAAUUUGGAGAAUGUCACUGUUAAAAAAAAUAUUUGAAAAUAUUCAUUUUGAUUUU